AUGCCUCCCACGCGGGACGAGGUCGAUGCACAGCUGGAGGAGCUGGGUGCUAGGCGGCUGUUUGAAAAGGUGCUGAGCGCCACCGACGUGCGGGGCGGAGCGGUGCCCGGUGAUCGUGUGGUGAUGCCAAAGCGCAACACCGAGACGCACCUGCCUGAGCUGGAGAGCCAGGCGGGUGUGGUACUGGAUGUGGAGGAUCUGGAGGGGCAGCGGUAUCGCCUGCGCCUCACCUACUGGACCAACAGCCCCAGCAGCGGCAGGAUGUACAUUCUGGAGGGCACCUCCCAGCUGCUGCAGCACUACCGCCUGCGCACGGGCGACGCGCUGGUGGUGGCCCGCACAGGAGACGGCGGCCUGCUCAUGGCAGGCCAGCGGAAGCAGGCAAGCCGGGCUGGGGCUACCUGCUCCCGAGCAGAUUGCAUCAACAAGCUGGGGCUGGCGCUGACAUUGUUGUGA